AUGGGCAGCAUUGUAUUACCUCCGCGUGCUCCUACGCACAACCGCAAGCAUUCUUUCAACCUCACAAACAAAGGCAUCCUUUCCCUCAGCACUAAGAACACGGCCAACGUCGCUCUACCCACUGGCAAGCGCGAGGUCCCAAUCCCUCCUCCCCUACCUCCUCGACGCAACACUGUCAACAAACCCCCACUAAAGUUACACUCGGUCACGCUAUCGGGAGGCAUGGAGUCCAGAUACAAUCGUCCGUCGUCACCACGAAACCGCUACGUGAACCCUGCCAGAUCAUCCACAGGUACUUUUGGGGACCCAUAUCAUGAUUCUUUGUACUAUGGCGGGCGGACGAAUACGUCACCAAGGUCAAGCGGGGAUAGGUUCGGUAGCUCCUAUCAGCCGCAUGCCACUGUUUACACCCCGAGCUCUUCGUCCGGAUCCCGCACGAGCGCGCUGAAGUACGAUUCAUACUCUGGCCGGCCCAGGCGUAAUACGCUUAACGAUGACGAACGCACUGGCAGGCCCAAUCUUCGAGAAAUCCUCCCCCUACCACCUACCUCCUCAAUUCCAAUCCGUUCCCCAGCAUUCCAGCACAACUUUCACCAUAACCGCCCUUCCAGCCCACUAGCAAGUUCGUUCGAUAGCAGAGGAGAUACGUAUAUCCACGGGCCAACUCGCCAUGAGCAUAAGAGAAUCUAUAGCGUAGAUGACAACAGCCAUAAGGCUAGAUUGGUGGCUGAAAGGGAGGUGAUUGAGCCUCGACGGCAGGACAGUCGCUCACAGCGCGACUACAACGUGACGAGCGGGGGCAGGAGCUAUCACACAAGCUCGAGCAAAUCCCAGCCUCGUCCUACCGACCUCAACGACGACGGAUAUUCUUACACCGAUGCAGCGGGCAUGUAUCGCGAUACGGAGCCUGCAUGGCGUCGACCGCGCUCCGGAAGCGUCGAGCGAGGAUCUCGGCCUAGCAGUCUGAUUGUGGACAAUAGAGCACCCAGAAGUUCUGCCAGGGAGCUUGGCCCACCGCCGUCUAUGCGAGGGUUUGAUAAGAUCAACAACGGCAUCCCCAGACGGGACCAUCACGCCAGGUCUUCCUCCAUUGAGAGAUCUCGUGAGGUUCCCAAGUACGAUCCUUACCCAGAAGCUGCCCCUUCAAGAUCAUCUUCGACUCGCCACCAUGCUCCGGCCAUACAUCAAGAGCCUCGAGACCACCGCCGUGACACGACGCACGACAGCUAUGAUCGGAGAGACUACGACUCGGAGAAUCGAAGACAGCCUGCCCCAGAACGAUUCGAGGACCGAGACGUAGCAGCACGAGGCUUCGGUAUCGCCCCCGGCCUAGUAAACACUCCCGCGGAGCGACAGCCCAUCUGGAGUGCACAUGAACAAGCUCGCCCUCGAGCCGAUGAAUACACCACGCCUUAUUAUCCUCCAGAGCGUGCCGUCGACCCACGUGCCUCCGAUUCUCGAGUGGCACGUGACCGCGAAGCAGCUCCCAGGUAUGACGAGCGCCCACAGGAACGGCGUGAUACAGAUGACCGCAAUCAUCACUCCAGCGUUGCACCAAUUGCCGCUGGUGCUGCCGUGGGUGCCGUUGCUACUUUCGGCGCCGCUCAAGCCUUGAAGUCUAGGGAGGCCGAUCGGGAACGCGACUCGGAGCGAGACCGCGAGUACGAGAGAGAGCGUGAGCGACGCAGGGAGAUGGACGAGCGGGAUCGACGGGAUCGAGGCUCGGAAGACAGGCGAGACAGGGCAUCCCCCGACGAGCGUAAAGACGAUCGAGUUCCACUUGCAUCGGCUGCCUAUGCGUCAACACAAGACCCCGACCGCAAGCCGCCACGAGACCGCAGGUACGAUGAAGAAGAUCGAUCACGCGAAUCACGUGAGCCACGGGAAUCCCGGAGCCGAAGGCACGAGGACGAGGGGCGUGAAAGGAAGUCUCGACGAGCAGCAUCGUCGGAUGGCAGUGGUGAUGAACGAGCCCGCCAUUACGUGGAUCGGGAAGGUCGUGACAGCGAUCGCCGAAAGGAUGCUGCGCCGGAGGCCGCCUUGGACCCUGACGAGGAGUAUCGCCGACGCAUCCAGCAAGAGAUGGACAGGAGUGGAAGGUCUGCUCGCGACUCUGAUUCCGACAGGGAGAAGGACCGUCGCCGGCGCAAGGAAGCCCGGGACAGGUCUCGCGAUGCCUCCCGUGGCCCUUCAUCGGGUGCUCAAGAACCGCGUUCUGAGGGCCGAUCUUCGAACGUCCUCGACACCAACAUCACACAGGAGCCUGACAGUAUCCCAUCACCCUCUGGGGAACAGAGCAAGUCGGUGCAGAUUGUCACGCCCCCUAAGGAGGCAGAGCCCAAGCCAAAGGGUAUCCUCCGGAAGCCAACUGAGAAGUUCCCAGAGGAUCCCGAUCCGAUUCGCGAGGGUGUCGCCCCUCAUAAGAGCCAGCUGAAAGGAAAGGACAUCCCGGUCGGUGCCCGCUGGACCAAGAUCGACCGUCGACUCGUCAACCCCGAGGCGCUGCUCGAAGCCCAGGAGCGUUUUGAGGAGCGUAUGGACUGUGUCAUCGUACUCCGCGUCUUGACCAAGGAGCAAAUCCAGAAGCUCGCAGAUCGCACCAAGGAGAUCCGCGAGGCUAGAGAGGAUGAAUACGAACGUCGAGAGGGACGAGAGCGUGACUACCGGGACAGGGAUCGGGAACGUGAUCGUGACUACAGUCGACACCGCAGCCAUCACGACGUAGAGGAUAGAGAGCGCGGUCGCGCCCGCGAUUACGAUGACGACGAUUAUGACGACGUCGGUCGACGCGACUACGAGCGCAGGAGGGACCGUGAUCAACCAAGGAUGAUCGAGGCGAGCAGAUAA